CCAAUUAUGGCUCUUCUCUUCAUUCUUGAUGAUGAAGUUGUGAAGUUAUCGCCCCAUGCUCGAGCGAUCAGAGAUGUCGAAGACGAGGAGCUCCGAAGCUUCUUUUACGGAAUGUCUCCGUGGCAGUUCAUUCUUAUCGUGGCUGCUAGCUCAGUGGGGGAGGAGCUCUUUUACCGGGCAGCCGUUCAGGGAGCAUUGGCUGAUAUAUUCUUAAGGAGUCCUGAUAUUGGAGCUGACGUUCAAGGAAUGGCAUCUUUGACCGGGGUGCUACCUCCAUUCGUACCAUUUGCACAAGGAUUUGCAGCUUUUAUCACAGCUGCGCUUACCGGUUCACUCUAUUACGUUGCUGCAUCACCGAAAGAUCCUACUUAUGUAGUUGCUCCAGUUUUGCUAUAUAUUUUCUUAUGUUUCUCUAUUAUUUAUGUUUAUAUAUAUUUUCUUACCUUUCUCUAUUAUUUUUUUCCCUUAUCAGGUUGCAUCGUCUUUGAAUUCCUCCUACUCCUACAUAUUGAACAGUAGCUCCAAUGUCUUUACAUGGUCUGGAAGCCUUACAAACUCAGAUAAUCAAGAACUUGUUGAGCGGUUGUUGGAUUUGAUAAAGCAGCCCAAUGUGCAAUCUAGAUCACAAAAGGAAGGCUCAGAAUCUGAACAAUUUUGGAAUUUGCUGGGAGGCAAAUCUGAAUAUCCUAGCCAAAAAAUCAGUCGAGAUGCUGAGAGUGAUCCUCACCUAUUUUCUUGUAUUUUAUCAAGAGGGAGUUAUCACUAAACAAAUGACUGCAAUAGAAGAAAUGGUUGCAAGUGAGUACAAUUAGCCAGACCCUCAUCUUUGUGACAAGAUCUUGAAGUUGGUCAUUUGUGAAGCGUUCUACUUUUCUUUCUUUCUUUUUUUCCAAAGGAUGAUCAGUGUAAUAAUUAAGCUUCAUAAUUUCUGUGUUUGGAUCCAAGUUGUAUAUAAAUGUCACAUUAUUAAGAUUUCAUUUUGUAUAUGUACAAGUAAAAGAUUUCGUUUUUAA